UGUUUGGCGGUUUCGGUUUAUCACAGUGAAUUGGAAAGGGUUUCCCAAUUUUGUUGCUCUUUGUUUAUCACCUCUCGCGAAAUAAAUAUGGUAGAGCUAGAGUGAUGACUAAGCGCCAUCUAAUUAAAUAGUAUAACAAAGAAAAUAUUUGCAACAUUUUCAUCAUGCCCUCCGACUAUACGGAUAUUGAUUGGAGCAAUUUGUCAUGGAACUGGACACAAUUCUGUCCGACUGGCCUAAAGCCUUUUGCCAACGAUACGAAUGAUUUGUUACCCUGCUUCCAGAAGACUUUGCUUCAGUUGCCAGUGUAUACGAUAUUUGCAGCAUUAUCCGCCUACUAUUUUGGUAUACAAACGAAUUCGUCAGUAAUAGCAAGAAAUCAAAGGCAGUUGCAGUUGUUGGCAUUGCGAACAUUUGUGACAAUUAUAUUGGCCCUUCUGCCUGUAGUGAAAAUCUUUGUGUUCCACAAUGCAAGCGUUGAUCUCUAUGCGGUGGAUGUGUUGGUGGUCAGUGCCGAAUGCAUAAUGUGGGCGGUGCAUUACGGAUAUCUUCUCAAUUCGCGUCAUUAUGGUGAACUCAGUCAUCGUGGCCCAUUGCUGAUAAAUGUCGUCUGGCUUUGUGUUGUAGUACUGGAUGGUGUAUGGCUUCGCACAAGUCUUAAUUUUACUUGGUGGCCCUGGAGUUUGGGAACUUUCGUAUGUGAUCUAAUUUACGGUGUGACACUGUUGCCCCGUGGAAAUGCCGUAUACGUUGCCCUCUCGCAAACUGCAGCCGCCAAUCGAGAACAAGAGGCCUUGCUGUCGAAUCGUUAUACAUACUUUCAAUUUGAUUUCAAUGAGGCGCAUCUCGGACAUGCCCAGGAUGAGGCAAAUUGGCCCUCUAAGUUCUUAUUUCAUUGGGUCAAUCCGCUGAUUUCCAAAGGAGUCGCUGGCAAGUUGAAGAAAAUUGAAGAUCUCUUUGAUCUGCCCGAUGCCUUAAAUAUCACACGUCUUAGUGAGAGACUUCAUUCGGCUUUGAAUCAUUCGAAAAGCUUAUGGCGGGCCUUGCACAGGUGCUUUGGACUGGAGUUCUAUCUAAUUGGCAUACUAAGGCUUAUAGCCGAUCUGAGUGGAUUUGCCGGGCCUCUGCUCUUGGGUGGACUCUUGAGACAACAAGGCGAAGAGGCAAAUGCCCAUGGAAAGGCAUACUAUUAUGCUUUGGGUCUAUUUCUGAGCACUUUGCUGUCCGCCGUGUGUGCCACACAUUUUGAUUGGCGUAUGGCCAUGGUUAGCCUAAAGAUGCGUGUGGGCGUGGUUAAUGCCAUUUAUCGCAAGGCACUGGAGGCCCGUGGUCUGCAUGAGGCCAAACCGGAUAUUCUAAAUCUCAUGUCCACCGAUACGGAUCGCAUAGUGAACUCUUGCAUUAGCUUUCAUUUCUUUUGGAGCAUUCCCUUCAAACUGUUUACCACAUUGUAUCUGCUCUACACACAAUUGGGAGCUGCCUUUUUGGCUGGGGUGGCCUUUGCCGCUCUCUUGAUACCGAUUAACCGAUGGCUAGCCAAGCGUAUUGGCAUCUAUUCCACCGGUCUAAUGAAGGCCAAAGAUGGUCGUUUGUCGGCCACCACGGAAACCAUGCAGGGAGCCAAACAAAUCAAAAUCAAUUCUUGGGAGAAUAUAUUCAUCACGAAGAUACGUGGACUGCGGCAAAAGGAAUUGAGAUUUCUAGGAAAGCGUAAAUAUUUGGAUGCCAUGUGUGUAUAUUUUUGGGCCACAACACCAAUCUUGAUGUGCCUACUGACCUUUGGUGUAUCCGUUUUGAUGGGCCAACAAUUGAUAGCUUCGACCACUUAUACCAGUGUAGCCUUGCUAUAUAUGCUGAUUGGUCCAUUGAAUGCAUUUCCUUGGGUGCUCAAUGGCCUAAUCGAGGCAUGGGUAUCGAUAAGGCGAGUGCAACAAUUAUUGGAUAUACCCGAUCUUGAUUAUUCCAGUUACUAUAAUCCCAUUAUAUUGGGCACUGGACAAGGAGGAGGAGAAGGCGAAGCUGCCAGUGUUUUGCAGAUGAAAAGCGCAUCAUUUGCCCAUGAUCAAGAUGAGAAUGAGAGUGGCUUUAGGCUACAGGAUAUCAAUGUGGAUAUUAAGGCUGGUCAAUUGGUAUGCAUUGAAGGACCCGUGGGUGGCGGCAAAAGCACUUUUCUAGCCGCCAUUGUCGCUGGCGUUCGAUUCCUUGACGGUGAGUUUUGUGUCCAGGAAUUGACAACGGGAUUCGGUUAUGUCAGCCAAACGCCUUGGCUACAACGUGGUACCAUAAGGGACAACAUCGUGUGGGGCGGAAAUUUCGAUGAGCAAUGGUAUAAGACAGUGAUUCAUGCCUGUGCCCUGGAAGAGGAUAUCAAAGCUCUUGGUGGCGAUCUUUUGGGCAUAGGUGAAAACGGAAGAACUCUAUCUGGUGGACAGAGAGCACGUGUGGCGUUGGCAAGAGCCGUCUACCAGGAUAAGAAAAUUUAUCUUCUGGAUGAUAUACUCUCCGCUGUGGAUGCACAUGUCGCCAAGCAUAUAAUCAAAUAUUGCCUCUUACGUUUACUUAAGAACAAAACCCGCAUUAUUGUAACCCGAAGCUCUCAACUCUUCUUUCAUGCUAAUCAAAUUCUUUAUAUGCAAGAUGGUCAAUUGCGUCCAAGUGACUAUAUGACGGAAAGCAUUGAUCUCAGCGAGGUUGAUGAUGAUGUUGAUGACGUGGAGGCGGAGCAGAACGCGAUAGAGUCAAUUGCACGACGUCGCGGUCACUCAGUGGAGUUAGCCAAUGCAGAGGAUAAGCAGAGUGUGGACAGUUUGCUUCUGGAAGAAUCCCGCGAGUAUGGACAUCUUUCGAGCAACGUUUUUGCUUGCUACUGGCGGGCCGUGAGCACUCCAUUAGCUGUCACUGUACUUCUCUUUGUGGUAUUGAUGCAACUAACACGAAAUCUCAGUGAUGCAUGGUUGGCACAUUGGGUCACAGAGACCACACUUGAUCCACACCCAAAUGAUACGUCACUGGAGCAUAAAUUGGGUGAUUCGGGACAUACUACUGGCUUUUAUUUGGGAAUCUUUGCCGGCAUUGCGGUGACCAACUCGAUAGUUACCCUGGUACGAGCAUUUCUCUUCGCCUAUGCUGGAAUCAAAGCGGCCAUCUAUAUGCAUGAGCUGCUGCUUAAACGGGUGAUGUUUGCAAAGUUUAAUUUCUUUGACAUAACAUCGGUGGGACGAAUCCUGAAUCGCUUCUCAUCCGAUACCAACACUGUGGACGAUUCACUGCCCUUUAUUCUCAACAUUUUGUUGGCCCAACUAGUGGGAUUGAUAGGAGCCUUAUGUGUCUCAUUGUAUGCAAUGCCAUGGCUGGGUCUAGUAGUUGUACCCAUGGUUCCCAUUUAUUUGAAUCUACAACAACGCUAUCGUCAUGCAUCGAGGGACAUUAAGCGAUUGUCCAGCAAUGCCAUGUCACCGCUCUAUACGCACUUUACCGAAACUCUUCAGGGCCUCACCACCAUAAGGAGCAUGCGAGCCAGUCCGCGGUUUCAGCGUGACUUUCAGGCUAAACUGGAGGAAAGUAUUAAGGCCCAAUUAACUCAGUCGGCUGCCCAGCAAUGGUUGGCAUUACGUUUGCAAUUGCUUGGCGCAUUACUAGUUGGUGGAGCUGGAUUGUUAGCUGCCAUUACAGCUUCUCACACCACAAAUCCCGGCCUGGUUGGUCUUUGCAUCUCUUACGCCUUGUCUAUAACUGGACAAUUGGGAGAUCUGCUGCAUGCCAUGGCCGAGACAGAGCAAGAAUUGGUUGCCGUGGAGCGUAUUAAUCAAUAUCUGCAAUUGGAGGGCGAGCAGAAUGCAGAGGGUAAUGCAGAAGCUCCGUUUGGCUGGCCAGCCCAGGGAGUGCUUAGUUUUAGAGAAGUCGAACUUAGUUAUAGGGAGCACCUUGCACCAGCCCUAAAAGGUAUUAGCUUUCAAACGGAAGCUUUUGAGCGAAUCGGUAUUGUGGGACGCACUGGAGCUGGGAAAACAUCGAUUCUGGCUGCACUGCUUCGUGUAGCGCCACUUAGUCAAGGUGAAAUACGAUUGGAUCAAGUGAAUCUACGCACUUUGCCACUGCAUAUGCUGAGGGAGCGUGUGGGAGUCAUCACCCAAGAGCCAUUCCUCUUUGAGGGUACUGUUCGUGAAAAUCUUGAUCCUCGUCAUGGUUUCUAUGACUCGGAGAUUUGGCAUGCCGUGAAGAAUUCUCCUGCAGCCACUCUGCUGGUUCAACAACUGGGUGGACUCGAUGGUCGGGUGGAUAAGUGCGGCAAUAACCUUUCAGCCGGACAGAAGCAACUACUUUGCUUAGCUCGAGCUUUGCUUAAAAAUGCCAAAGUUGUGUGCAUUGAUGAGGGAACUUCCAAUCUGGACGAUGAGUCUGAUCUGUGUAUGCAACAGGCAUUGCGAAGUGCCUUUAAAAGCUGUACUCUACUUUUUAUUGCCCAUCGAUUGCGUGGUCUACAGGCUAUGGAUCGUAUCCUUGUUCUAGACGAUGGACGAAUCUGUGAAGAGGGCAAGCCUGUGGAAUUGGCUACAAAUACAUCCAGCAUUUUCCAUGAUAUGCUGCGGGCUCAGAAUAUAAGUCCAGAUGAUUUCACCAAAGCGAAUUAAGCUGUGUGUAAUUGUUAUACAAUACGAUUUUAUUUAUUUUUUUAUCUAUUGACUUAUGUGUAGUUUAGCAUUUAAUCUAUUAGUUUUAUUUUAAAGACUUUGUUUUGCAAUUAUUCUUGUACAAAUGUUUUUCUUUAUUUCAUGAAACCCCAUACAUAUAUGUAACAAAAUAAAAAAUGUUAAUCUAAUAUCAACCUA